AGCCUAGACAAGGGGAGGAUGGAUAAGGAGGAAAAUAAAGAAGCAUCAGUGAGCAUUAGCAACAAUGACACGGGCACCAAUGAUAUGGAGGAUGACGACUAUGAUGACGAUGAUGGGAAGCACACUGUGGUGCUUGGCCCUCAGGUUCCCCUCAAGGACCACCUUGAGCUCGAUAAGGAUGAUGACAGCCUAAGGAGGUGGAAAGAGCAGCUCCUUGGAGAUGUUGAUACCACUAAGCUUGGAGAGACUGCAGAACCAGAGGUGACCAUAUUGAACUUGACCAUCCUAACUCCGGAUCGACCGGAUCUGGUUCUGCCAAUCCCACUCGUGCGGGAUGACAAGGUGUACGCAUUCGCGCUCAAGGAUGGGAGCACCUACAGCUUCCGCUUCUCCUUCACUGUCUCCAACAACAUUGUGUCUGGUCUCAGAUACACACACACUGUCUGGAAGGCUGGAGUAAGAGUGGAAAAACAGAAGGUGAUGCUGGGGACCUUCAGUCCUCAGCAGGAGCCUUACACGUACGAGGCUGAGGAAGAUACGACACCUAGCGGCAUCUUUGCGAGGGGUUCAUAUUCUGCAAAGCUGAAGUUUGUGGACGAUGAUGGGAAAGUCUACCUGGACAUGGGCUACUGCUUCGAGAUCCGGAAGGACUGGCCAUCCUCGGCCUAAAACUGAGAGAGA